GCAAGUUGUAAUUGCAAACACCAAACCAGACCUGUUCCCUUCAUCCUUGCGUUCCCUUCAUUCCCUCCAUCCUUGCGUUCCCUUCAUUCCCUCCCUUGCGUCCCCUUCAUUCCCUCCCUCCAUCCUUGCGUUCCUUUCAUUCCCUCCCUUGCGUUCCCUUGAUUCCCUCCCUCCAUAAAUUUGGCUCCCCUACGAGCUCACAGCGCUGCCCACAGCACCCCGUUCCUCACGCACGCCCGCAAGAACACAGGAAAUCACAACCCGGUCAUGGCGGCCUCAGCUCGGAACAUCGCCUGCUUCGCCCUGUGCCUGUCGAUCGUCUCCCUCCAAGUUCCAUCCUGCACCGACCCGCGAGGUACUAGUACUACCACGGCUGGCGCCACGGCGCCAUCCGCGCCCGCUCAGGAUGCCAAUUUCGGCGGCGCUCUGCAGGCCCUGCUGGCGCUGGCCGGGAUGCAGGCCCUGUUCGUCUUCGCGGCGAUCAUCUACAGCCACCGCCAGAACCACGCCGCCGGCAACUGGCUCGUCUCGGAGGCGGAGCUCGCCUUCUUCAUCCUAUGCCUGCAGGUUGGCUUCCUCCAGCUUUUUCUGUUCGUCCAGCAGCCUGGAGGAGAAGGUGGCGCACACGACGGGGCGCCGGAGCUCGCCGUCUCUGCUGCCCGCGCUUUGCCUGCUGUCGCCUCGGUCACCUUCUUUCUCGGCAUCGCCCUCGUUUAUGGGCAUGUCGGCAACGACGGAGGAGGUGCCGGUGGUGCCAUCGCUGGCAACGGACCGGUCCCGGCGCCCGCCGGCGUACGGUUCCUCGCCAAUCUGACGUUUGGAGCUGUACUAGCCUGCCUGACGAGCAUCGUCCUUGCCUUCUACACCAACAAGUAACGUAACAACCCUGGUGUAACGUAAGCAUGAAUGCAUGAUAUCAGAACCAGAUUACGGCCUUGGCUGG